AUGAGACACCACCUUCCUUCCCUCCUCGUCCUCCUCACCACCACCAUCACCCACCUCCCCCCCACCCUCGCCUACACCCCCCUCUCCGACACCUCCCUGCACCACCUCCUCUCCCCACCCCACGCAUCAUCAUCAUCAUCCCCCCCGGGGACCCCCUCAGACAUCGACACCGACCUCGACCCCGACUUCGACCCCCACCACGGCGCGCUGCUCGCCCCCAUCCUGCAGCCCCGCGUUCCCGGCACGCCCGGCCACGCCCGCGUGCAGGCGCACUUCCUCGCCUUCGUGCGCGCCCACCUGCACCCGGACUGGACCGUCGAAUGGCACAACAGCACGGCGACCACCCCCGCGACGGGCGACGCGCCCGUGCCCUUUCAGAAUCUGAUUCUGAGGCGCGAUCCGCCGUGGUUGAGGGCCGCCGGUGGUGAAGGUGGUGGUGGUGGUGAGGGGGAGGUGGCGCGGCUGACGCUCGCGGCGCAUUAUGAUAGCCUGUACCGGCCGGAGGGGUUUGUUGGGGCGGUGGAUAGUGCGGUGCCGUGUGCGUUGUUGCUGGCGGUGGUGAGGGGGGUGGAUGAGGCAUUGACGAGGCGGUGGGAGGGGACGGUGGAGGAGGGGAUGGAGGGGAUGGGGGAGGAGAGUGGUGUGCAGAUUUUGUUGUUGGAUGGCGAGGAGGCGUGGGUGCAGUGGAGCGCGGCGGAUAGUUUGUACGGGUCGAGGGCACUCGCCGAGUCGUGGGAGACGACGCGGUACGAUACUGGGAGCCGCUUCUCGACGCCUCUGGAGGCGAUCAGCCUGUUCGUGUUGCUGGACUUGUUGGGCGCGGCAGAGCCGAAUAUCCCGUCCUACUUUCCCGCAACGCACUGGGCGUACAGAAAUCUGGCCAAGAUUGAGGGCAGACUUCGGAGGCUCGGGGUGCUCGAGACGAAGCCGAAGCGGUCGUUUCUUGCGGAGAGUGAGAAGGAAGAGAUCAAGUUCCGGGGGUUUGUGGAGGACGACCACGUGCCCUUUAUGAAGAGGGGCGUUGACAUUUUGCAUGUUAUCCCUACGCCGUUCCCGCCCGUAUGGCAUACCAUGGACGACGACGCGGCGCACCUGGAUGUGCCGACCAUUAGAGACUGGGCGAAGAUCAUGACGGCUUUUGUGGCCGAGUGGAUGGACGUGGAGGGAUAUGUCCCGGAAGGAGAGGCAAGGCAAGAGGCGGAGAAAGCAAAGCACGCAAGCUCUGAGAAGGAAGAGCUCUAG